UGGUCAUGCAACCUGGCCUGAGUUCUUCCGUUGCCACAGUAACGACGUGCACGACCUCCGUCCACUGGAUAGAUCCACCUGUCCAUUUCUCCAGCACCCGUACUAUAUAAUCCUCGCUUAGCACAAUAGAUUCUGUAGCAAAUUAAGCUGGCUACAAUGGGGAGUAGUGAGCAGGACCUCCAUCCCUCCGCCUUGGCCGGGCCGGAGGAGCCGCCCGGCUUCUUCCUCUGCACGUACUGCAACCGAAAGUUCUACACCUCCCAGGCGCUCGGCGGUCACCAGAAUGCGCACAAGUACGAGCGCACCCUCGCCAAGCGCCGCUGGGAGAUUUCCGCUGCCUUGCGAGCGCACAGGGAGUCCGUGGCCGGUGCCGGCCAGGUCGUCGAUGCUUCUGGAGCUGAGACUGAGCGUAAGAGGUCGAGGCCGCUGGAUGCGCAGCAUGUUGUUCCGGUGCCCGGGAACGUCGAGCGCGCCGUCGAGCUGGACCUGUCCCUCAGGCUAUGAUUGGCUUCUCCUGCACCAAUAGAGGACUUUGAAGAUUUUCAAGAUGAUGAUUUGGUGUUCUAGGAGCAUGUCUUCCGAUUGGUGCAUGUGGAGUUGUGUGGUCACCGAUGCUUUCAUUUUGCUGCUGUCAUUUAGUUGCUAUAUUUUAGCUAAUAAAGUUGAUUAGGUGAAGUCUUUUUGUAAUAGUUAAACUGUUAUAAGUUAAAGUAUUGAUUUUGUUACUUCACAAGUGAUGUCCUUAUGUGUGUUAAACUUCUUGUGUACACAUAAGCCGUAAUUGGUUUUGUCUGUUAAAAUCGGAUGUGACAUAUACCAAAUCCACUUUCUUAAAAAUAUCUAACCUUACAUCUCUUAUAAUCAUUGCCUGAAUGUGAUUUGAUUUCUGUUGAGCUACAACUAAGGUAAAUCAGAGUUCCAUCUUUAAGAAUGAGGGACUGGAAUUGGGUAGAUUUUCAGCUAGCUUCUGGGUUGGUCUUAGACAAUUAAUUAUAGUCGAUUGACAGUUGGAGAAGAAGCUUAGACACAGAGAGAAGAUUGAUAUAGUAGCACAAAUAUGCUGUUGCAUAUACUCGCUGAUAUGCAUAUGCACCUACUGC